AUGGAUACUUGGGAGACGGUUUAUCUUGACUUCUCCGCUGCGACCAGGUGGGAUGAAUGGCGCAAUGGCAUGCCUCUCUCUGGACCCUCUGAGGAGUCCUUCAAUGUCUACGGCUCGGUGCCACUCUCGCGAGGCGUCUCGUCGGAGGGUAGCACCACUAACCCUCUAUCCCUCCCAGGCUCGCCCAUGAGCGCCAACUUUGACUCGGUUCAGAGCAGCCCUGUCUUUGGACCGUGCUUUGAUCCGGCCUUGGGUCAGUUCAACUUCGUCCCGGAUCUCUCUCUCACCCUGGAUGGGUCGGCACCCGCCUCCUUCCCCAUGUAUCCCCAGACACUCAUGGAGAUCCCAAGGACUGUGCCACACCGGCAGAGGUCUCCCAUCUCCAACCACCUCGCCCGCAGAGCUCGCAAAGCUCGCCCGCAGAUCAAGCCCCCGGGUGGCUAUAUUUGCUUGUCGGUUGAAUGCGUUUCUGGUCCCUUCAAUCGCUACGCUGACCUCGAGCGUCACUACCGCGACUGCCACCGUCCAGAGGAAGAGCGUGAUGCCUUCCCGUGUGACUAUAAGCGCUGCCAGCGCAACACUGACCCUUUCCGCCGUCGCGACCACUUCCGUGACCACCUCCGCGACUACCACAAGGAGGACAUGGAGAAGCGUGGCGUCCCCGUCACCGACGAAUGGCUUGAGGGCCGCAACGUCCCAUCAGACUGGUGGCGCUGCAUCAAGUGUCUCACGCGCAUCUACGUCGAGUCGCAUGGCUUCGAGUGCCCUGGCUGCAAAGUCCCCUGCCACGAGAAGCGACGCGAGAAGCGCCUGCAAUUGGCUUGA